AUGGCUGCCUCCGACACUACUACUAAGGUCUACGAUGUGGUGGUUGUGGGUGCCGGGCUCAGUGGUCUCCAAGCCGCCCAUUCAAUUCGGGCCGCAGGGUUCAGUGUUUGCGUCUUAGAAGCCACGGAUCGAGUCGGCGGAAAGACAUUGUCCGUGCGGUCCUCGGAGAAGGGCAUCAAUGACCUGGGCGCGGCCUGGAUCAAUGACACCAAUCAGAGUGAAAUUUACAAGCUUCAUCAACAAUAUGCUCUGGAUGGAGAGAUCCAGUACACGCACGGAAAUAACAUCUUCCAAUCACCGGGCCUUCUACCGAAGGUCAUUGGAAUUCUUCGCGAGGAAUCGGCGUCUAUAGAUUUGCAUGAUCCCGCCAGCUCCCCGGCAGCCAAAAAAGUUGAUAAUCUAACGUUCAAGGACUUUUGCGUCCGCCGGGCUGAAUCCGAGCACGCCGUUCUAAUUGCAGAUGCCAUCUCCGCAGCGCUUCUAGGGGUGGACAGCCACGAAGUGAGCGCUUUGUAUGCGCUGUAUUAUUUCAAGAGCGGUUGCGGAAUUGACAAUUUACUUUCGGACGAGGAAAAUGGAGCCCAGUACCUGCGAACACGCCAAGGCACUCAAACCAUCUCUCAAAAGAUGGCCGCGGAGCUUGACCCAGAGACUCUCUUUUUGGGCAAACCGGUCACUUCGAUCGACCAAUCUCGCCCUGAUGGGAUCUGCCUCGUUCAGACAGUCGAUACCCUUACUUUCCACUGUCGACGAGUCAUCGUGUCUGUCCCAACUACCCUGUACCAGAACAUCUCCUUCAGUCCCCCGCUACCACAGACAAAAAGCACUCUGAGCCACCACACAGUAAUGGGAUACUACAGCAAGAUGAUCUUCGUCUUCAAAGAACCCUGGUGGCGGAAUGCCGGAUUCACCGGGAUCUUCAACUCUCCAGUCGGCCCAGUCAGCUUCACCCGGGACACCAGUAUUCCCAAGGACGAUCAGUGGUCCAUUACAUGCUUUGUUGUCGGCGGCUGCGGGCGGACAUGGUCCAAGCUGUCUAAAACAGACCGUCAGACGCAGGUCUGGGAACAGUUUUGUCGGUGUUUUGGUGAAUUCGUGGAAAAGAUCCCCGACCCGGCAAAUGUUCUAGAGAUGGAGUGGAGUAAACAGCCUUUCUUCCUCGGAGCUCCCUGUCCGGUGAUGACGCCUGGUAUCAUGACUACUGUUGGUACUGAGUUGGCUGUGCCGUUUGGAAGAGUGCAUUUUGUAGGGACUGAAACGUCGCUUGUGUGGCGGGGAUAUAUGGAAGGGGCUAUACGGUCUGGUCAGCGAGGAGGAGCCGAAGUGGUGGAGGCGUUGAAUGGCGAUCUUGGUAUCGAGGUAUAGGAAAUGGCCGCAUUGAAACGUUUCUUGAUUGGACAUCAUUUUAGUUCAGUGUAAUCUGGUACAGGAAUAAAUGAUUGAACUGAAAGACACAUGGGAUCGCAAUUACACAAUGGCUGCCAGCCCCUCUAUCGCUGAUCAAU